AUGGAGAGUAGUUUACCGGACAGUUCAACCACCUUCUUGCUGUCCGCCAAACAACAAAUAGGCGGAGAAGAAGGAGAUGAAGUAAAGAAGGAUAAACAAAAGCAUCAGAAACACCAUAGAUCCAAGCGAACUACAGAAGGGAAAACGACAACACCCUCUCGUAAAAUGCAUUCACCACCACCACCACCACCAGCAACAGCAGUAGCAUCAGAAUCUUUAGGAGAAACAAAAGUAAAAUCAAAUCUUUUGACGGGUAUAGGAAGAAAUGGAAUAAUGACAAAGGGGUUUGAUGUCAUUGUACGUGGAGUACUUGAAGGGGCGGAGUGCCACACGGCGGAUGCACUCUUCGCCCGUACGUAUUGGGUCCAUGGCCGUGAUUGGACGCCCAUCUCCACUCUCACUCCAGCAAACAAUCUCAACAUCAAUCUCAACAACACCCACGCAGGCGGCCACGUGCACAGCAGCAGCGGCACAUCGCUGGUCCGCCCACUAGAUCGCUGCUCGCAGGCAGAAGUGAUCACACAACUCGCCAUACGCUCCGAAGAUCCCUUCUCGCGAUUCACAUGGGCCGCACCCUUCGAACUCGCACUCCACAGCAGUAACCCGCACGGAUGGCCGCAGAUCGUCGUCACUCUCCACACCGUCACGCCGGGAUCACCAACGACCCGCGCAACUGACGGCGGUGGGGCGCCGUGCGUGUCGUACAGCCGCUGUUUUGUGCCGAUGCGCAGCGGCCACUACCGCCGGCAACUGCCGUUGAUGCAACUGCAGCCCGCCACACGGCGACAGGCGUGGAUUGAAUGGUGGACAUGCGAACGUGCAGAACUGCGGGAUCCCGCGUUUCUCUGCAGUGGCGAGGAUCGAAGUGUGUUGCGUGCGGCGCCACUUCCUGGACACGUUGCGUUAUCGCUUUCCGUGACUGUUCGUGGAAUGGCGGAGUGCGGUAUGGAACCGUAA